UUGCUCGUUAGUUGUUAUUUUUUUAGAUGGACCGACUGCUCACUGGUACUUCUCAGACAGUUGUUGAGAAAUGAAGAAAUUACCAAGGACGGUAAUGUGGUGAAGAGCGAUGAGUUUGUAAGGGUUCUUCUUUACGAAUGGAUGAUACAAGCUGCAACUUUUGAUGUGUUUGGAGCCGUUGUGACGGUUGUCCAAAAUCUGUCGAUGAGUGACUUAAUAGAAAAAUUUCUGGAUGAACAAGCAUCUGAAGAUAUAUUGAUAGAAGACAGACGUCCUGUUCUCACGUGGAAAUGUAUCAACCUAAUGAGGGUGGUCGAUAACAAAAGGCUGGUUCGCGUCUUGCGCGAAGUUAUAACGGCAUGGCCGAAGAAAAAGUGCGCUCAGCCAGCAUCAGAGUUGAUGUCUAGUGUACAUGAGAUGGUUAAAAUAGCACAAAACCAUCAGAAUAUCGGAAAGGCUUGCGCUGGAUUGUUGAAGUCCGAUCCUGGUGCAAUCAUGUGCAGCGAAUUUGGCUUUCUCUUGGUUUUUGCUUUGUGCAGCAUUGAUAGAUAUAAAGCUGCCACUAUCUCGGAGCUUAUCAAGGUCUUCCAAAGGCUGUGGAACUUCCGUGAAAAUGUACAGGAAUUCGGCUGGAUUGAGGGCAGUGGACUCGGUGAAGUAGUGAAUGUGGUUGAAGAUCAGGUCAACUGCCUCGUGCAACGGCUGGGUGAAGAUGUGGAAGCGUGGGAAUUACUCUCAAACCCGACUGUCACUCUGAUGCAGUCGUUACUUCGUCUUCCAUCAGCUAAGGAAGUGACUAUAGUGGACGGCAGAGUUGCCGAUGGCUGUCCCAUGUGGUUGUUUGCAAGAAAUGUCCUUACCAAGGUGAUUGUGUCAAAAAGAAAAGAAAUGGCCACCCAUUUGUCGAUGGUCAUCGAAUCUGUUACAACUUCUUCACCAAGUGUGGCUCUAAUUUAUGUCGAUAUGCUGGUGGAAAUUGUGCGAAAUUGUACCCUUGAUGUGCUAAACAACUGGAAGGAACUAGAGAGCCUCUUCAAGUGCAUAUGUCAGAUAAGACGAGAUAUAUCGGUGUCGCUGGUUAGGUGUCUUAUGCCCGUCAUCAACAACAGGUCUCAGCUAAGAGAAUUGCUGCUUCAGAGCGUUAAGAAGGCCGAACAUGGUGGCUGA